CGUGAGAUCCGUGCCGUGCACGAUGAGCACACCGUCCGCGUUUACCAGGCCUACAACGCAUCGAUUGCAUCGGCUGCUGUCGAGGCCCAGAGGUUCGUGCCGCCGUGGAAGGAGGGUCGCAUGACAUGGAUCAAACCGUCUUUCGUGUGGAUGGGCUACCGCUGUGGCUGGACUCGCAAGGACGCCAACCAGUCACGCGUGCUCGCGAUCGAUCUGCACCGUGCCAGCUUCGACAAGCUGCUGCUCGACGCCGUGCUGGCGAGUGCGCAGCAAGGCGAGCGCAGCGACCGCGACGACUCCGGUGCCUCAGCUGCCAUCGUCGUGCAGUGGGACCCCGAGCGUGCUCUCGGCGGUGACUCCGGCCGACACGCGUUCACGCACCCGCUGCCGGCGCAACGCUCGCUUCAGAUGGGCUUGCGCGGCGAGGCGACGCGCCUUCUCGCCGUGGCCGACGGCAUCGUCGCUGCAAUCACCGACGUGACGAGCGCGUUUGCCGCGGUCGGCGCGGCUCUCGAGGCGGGCGAGGACACCUCAAGCCUGCUGCCUGUCGAACGGCCGUAC